CUGGCUGUUGUGCUGUGAAGAGUGUUCUGGGCAUCGCGAGUGGUCAGUGUCGUGUGAGAUUUCCUUGAUAGAUUUCGUCGUGGUAGGAAAAGAAAGUGGAACAAUUCUCUCGAUAUCAUUCUCGUGGCCCAAACUUCUCUCUUCUCUGUCUUUCGGCUCCGCAGUUCCCGAAUGUGAUGUAGUUUCUUUGAGCAACUUGUUGCUCUCUUGUGUCACUCGAUCAUCUCGCGCCCGACGACUGAUUCUGUGAUUUACCCUGUGAAAUCUUGGCGGUUUUAUUUUGUGCGGUGAUCACGAGUUGGAAUUGAUGUAAAUUGCGAGACAAGGACAAUCGAAAUUGUCUUCAAUUUGUGCGAACUUUCUACACAUUCGCCAAGCACAAACCAAUCCAAGGAGUUAAUCCACAUCUCAGCAAGUGCUCAGCUGUGGCCCUGACCACUCUUCUCUUGCUGUGUCUUCUCUGAAUCUCUGGGUGGACUUGAGAGGCGUCAAUUUGUACGCACUUGUGAGGAACAAUGGCUCGAAAUUCCCAUACCACACGCUACGAUGACGAUGCCGACAACUCCUGGAGCUGCGGUUCGUGGUUUGAGUACAUCAUUGUGGUUGUCCUGUCCACGAUCUUCCUCAUCGGCGCUCUGGUGCUCGUCAUUUACUGGGCAGUGCAGCACGGCGGCGGAUUUGCGUGGUCAGAGGAUCCCGCGAAGCAAUUCAAUCUGCAUCCGGUGCUCAUGGUGGCCGGCUUCAUCACCCUGUCCGGAUUCUCCAUCCUGCUGUACCGCCUCUGCCGCUGCCUGAAACACAUCUACGUGAAGCUGCUGCACAUGUUCUUCCAUGCCUGUGCAGUUCCGUGCGUGGUCAUUGGUUUCCUGGCCGUCCUCGACUCCCACAAUCUCGCCAAUCCGCCGAUUCCCAACUUCUACUCGCUCCACUCGUGGCUGGGACUCGUGACAAUGGGACUCUUCGCCACACAAUUCGUCGUGGGAUUCUUCAGCUUUCUGGUCCUGUUGUGCUGCGAAGACGCCACUUACUCGUGUCGAGCUGCCAUGGUGCCCAUUCACGCCAGUUUUGGGCUCGCUAACUUCAUGCUGGCCAUCGCGACAUGCGUUUCUGGGAUCACAGAGAAGGCAAUCUUCAAGCUCAAGGACGACUAUUCAAAGUGGGGCGAGGAAGGGAUCAUCCUCAAUGCUCUUGGGGCCACACUCAUUGCUCUUGGCAUCCUGGUUUGCUUCGCCGUGCGGCGAUCAAACGCACCGGCAACGGCAAAGGUCUACGUGACAGAGCGCCUAUAAACGACCAACGUGGCGAUCUAAUCAAAUUCUAUUUAAAAAAGCAUCUUAAGAAUAAGUUGAUCUAUAUGUAAUGAGAGAUAUUAAUACGUAGUAUUACUUGGAGAAUCUUUGUUAUUGACUUUUUAACGAUUAAUUCAGUUAAUGAUGAAGACAUGUUGUAGUUAAAUUAUUUGACUAAAUGAAGAUGGAAUUAUGAGACACUAAAUAGAUGAGAAAAAAAGGAUUUAUAAAAUAAAGUAUAAAUUCCAAGUUCUCCUUUUUCCUGUUAUAGAACAAAGUUGAACUUGAGUAAAAUGAUCAAAAAGGCUUUGCGAGAAGAAUUAUUUCUUAUUCUGUGAAUUUACAUUUGAAUUGGACCUCCAGAAAAGCUUGUAAUUUCUUGUGUUUUGCGCCCUUCUUUCGAUGAUUCGAAGCGACAGCAAAAAGUGAAGAAGAAAGAAGAGAAUAGCAUGUAAAGUUUACUCCUUAAGGUAAAUGCAAGUGAGAAAAAGUAUUAAAAAAAAUGAGCAUUGUUAAGUGAAUGUCUAAGAAGAAAAAAAAAUUUACAAGUAAAUAUUUUUACUUUCGCGCAAUAUUUAGCGUUUAAAUCAAGAGUCAUUUGUGCAACAGUUGAUCAGUCAUUUUCACCCUUCCUUUCAACACGUCAACAAAUCAACACACGAAUAGUUUUUACAAAUUGAUACCACCUCAAAAGACCUUUUUCCACGAAAAAACCAUUGAAUUAGAAGAACACGAUGAAAGAACGAGAGAAAAGCUUCUUUUUUCUCAAUGAUCGACAGAGAAAUACAAAGAAAAAAAUACGAGAUUUUAACUAAUGAAAAAAAUAGAUGACACUGAAAUUUUUACAUAUUUAUACUUUUUAUAAUAGUGUUUUAAAUGUGAAUUUUUGAUGAGAAAGUGAAAAAAAUAGAUGAAAAACUAUUCCAUUGAUGACGCGAAAAGAAGUAUUAAGCUACUAAAAUAUCACCAUAAACAUUUGAAUAAAGAAAAAAAAGCAAACUAUGCGAGAAAAAUGUCAUUAAUCUUAAAGUAUAUCGUCAAUCAUUAAAUAGUAAUAAUCAAAAUAUUGAAUAAUCAAAAAAAUGAAAUCAUAAUUGGGUGUGUUUAAAUGUGUAAGGAAAGCAAAAGCAAGAUUAAACCUCCGAGUGAACAAGCAUAAUGCAAAAAAAAACUUCGCGAUAAAGACGUUCUUUUAUGUGGUAAACACUAUAUAUAAAAUAUAUAUUUCCAUUCCUAACAUGAGAAUGUGUUCAUUGUGACAAUUUCUGUGCAAGAAGCAAAAUUUUCAUUCCCCUUUGAGAGAUAAAAAACAACCAAUUUUUGGGAACGUAUAAAAAUCUUCAACAACGAUAAUUUAAAAAAUGGAAGAAAAAUAGAGAACAAUAUUUACAUAGAGAAUUUAGCUGAAUAUUUGCUAUUUAUUAGUGUAAUUUCUAUAAGAAGGAGUUAAGAAAAAAUCGAUAUUUAAGAGGAGCAACAAUAUAAUUUGCAUCGAUAGGACAAAACAAGUGGUAAAACAAUCAAAAGACUAAUGAAAAGUAGUGAAAAUUCGCAUGAGAAGAAAUUAAUUUCAUGGUCAAAUGAUGCUACAAAAUGCUCAUGUUCUCUCCAGUCAAUCGUUUUGCCGUCUUUUUUCUUCUUUCCUCCUCCAAUUCUCUGCCCAGACUCACAAUUUCAAGUGAUUUAUUUAUUUUUGUGGUCAAUUACACGCAAUUUCAGCUGAAUUGAAAAGUUUUGCCCCCCAUUUUUACACCCAGUUGGAGAGAGAUUUCUUUUAUGCAUCUCCGUUUUUUUCUUUCUUUCUUUCGUUGUUUAUUGGGCGUGCAUUUAAAUGUACUUUAUCGGAUUUAUUGUCUAGAUUUGUUUUUUUCAUUCUCUUCCUGUCAAAUGAAAAUGGAAUAUCAUAGCGAAAUUAAUUAUAGAAAAUUUCAUUAUACAGUAAUUCAUUAUUAUACAAGACAUCUAGAGAAAUAGUUGACAUAUGAAUAAAGUUAGAGACUAAAUAAAGAAAA